AAGAGCGUACUGCGCAUGCGCGGACAUGUCAAAGUUCCUUGACACGGUCGAAUUUCGUAAACAUUGCCUCGGGGCGCUAUUAGACGCCAUACAACCGUCUCUACUGAAUAUUUAUAAUAUAUUAAGCGAUUUUAUGCAUGCGUAGGUCACGUGCGAGGCGUCCUAGCGCGUUGUCUGCGGUGUUCGCGGAAGGAGGCGUGACUCCCGCGUUUACUGUUACAUUGUGACAACCGAAGUUCAUUCAAAAACAGAUCAGAUCUGACCGACACUCGCCAUACCAGUCUGAGGUGGAGACGGAAGUAAAAUGAGUGUAGCUCUCUUACACAGACUGAAGCCCGCAGUGAGCGUUGCGAGCCGCCUGUGGAGCUGCAAACCCCCGCGGAUCGAGCCGAGCAGCCUAGCCGCCUCAGUGAGACUCUACAGCGGACUGAUGGAGUCCAGAGCGCCGCUCUUCAGACAGCUCUUCGAGUCUGAGAGCAGCACAUACACGUACCUGCUGGCCGACGCUGACAGCAGAGAAGCCGUUCUGAUCGAUCCGGUGCUGGAGACGGUGGACCGAGACCUGCAGCUCAUCAGUGACCUGGGCCUGACGCUCAAAGUGGCCUUGAACACUCACUGUCACGCCGAUCACAUCACCGGCACCGGACUCCUGAAGAAGAAGGUGUUUGGCCUGAAGAGCGCCAUCUCCAAACACAGCGGAGCCGCCGCCAACAUCCAGCUCUCAGACGGAGACCGCAUUACCUUCGGCAAACACUAUCUGAUGGUGCGAGAGACGCCGGGACACACGGACGGAUGCGUGACGUACGUCACUGAAGACGAGCGCAUGGCCUUCACCGGCGACGCUCUGCUCAUCCGCGGCUGCGGACGCACCGACUUCCAGCAAGGUAGUCCUCACAGACUGUAUGAGUCUGUCCAUAAGAGGAUCUUCACUCUGCCGGGACACUGUUUUAUUUACCCCGCUCACGACUACAAGGGUCAGACCGUCUCCACCGUCGAUGAGGAGAAGAAGUUCAAUCCACGGCUGACGAAGACUCUCGACGAGUUUGUGAACAUCAUGAACAACCUCAACCUCCCCAAACCUAAGAAAAUAGAUAUAUCAGUGCCUGCAAACCUGGUGUGUGGACUUCAUGACGUCUGAAUAUGAGCAAAUUAAAGUUUUAGUCAGGUGAUUUAAAUUGUAUGGUGCGUAUUGAUGUAAAAACUACAUGCAGUGAUGAUAUUUGCAUUAAUGCACUCUUCUGAUUCAGAGUAAAUAGACAGAUAAACCAGAACAAUUACGUAUUAAACUCUAAAAAAAAAAUAAAUAAAAAAAAAUAUUUUGGGAUUUCAUCAAAUCUUUGUGCUCAUAUCAUAUUUAUAAUAUAAUAUCACGCUUGAACCAAUGAUGGUUUGUGGUAAAUGUAUUUUUUUACAGCAUCAGCUUUAAAUAAUCAAGUGCUCUCGAAUUGUGAAAUGCAUCUAAUAAUAUAUUUUGUAAGAAAAGUCUGUUUUUAAUAAAUGUUUGUCAAACCAG